CGGAAAGAACGAGCACACUGACAAAUGCACCAGCAGCAGCGAUGACGAGCAACUCCGAGGGAAAAGCGAAAUGGAGCUGUCGACGCUGUCACUAGCGAUGCUGACCUGCCAUACGUUGAGCCGGUUGGAGCCGGUUACGACCGAAGAGCAAAUCGAGAGAAGAAACAACGACCCGAAGACUUGGUACUUGCAGGAUAAGUUCGCGGGGAACGCGGUGGAGAAAUCGCUAGUCGAGUACUGUCUCAAAGCGCACAAUCAAGUGACGAAUUGCGCAAGUUUUCACGGCUUCCAAGGCUUCCAGGAGCCGCGAGGAACGAAGACAAGGACUGGGGUGUUGUUUUUCCAGGACCACCCUAGUGCGGAGGAUUGUAAAUCCUGCUUUCAACAAACUUCCGAUACAGUAGAUCGCCGUACUAGCCACAGGAAUCUAAAUCUUAGCAGUGACACCGAAACGAGACACCAAGCCCCGGGCUACAUCAUCAACAAACCCUCUCCACCCGCGUCUCUCGUUGCGCUUUACCGCCUACACGCUUUUUGGGACUACGAGAAGAAGUCAGGGAGUGAAGCGCACCGCUCCGACGUCACGAUCGCGACCCUGCGUGCGUUCGAAUUUUCCCAACAGAAGCAGUUGCAAUCGGUCGUCGUCCGACAUGAGAGUUUUUCUUUUUCAAGAACUUUUGUCCUUGCGAAGGGGUCGCCGACCAUGAUCGCGAAAGCCUGUCUAAAGGAUUCGCUCCCGUCCGACUUCUACUUGAAAACGCGGGAUCUCGCCCGACGCGGCUACUACGUUCUUGCGGUCGGGAGUAGAAAAUUGAAAAAUCACACGGAGGACUCGUACGAGAACGUAAUGAAGGCCAAACGCGACGACUUGGAGCGGGACUUGACGUUUUCUGGGCUGCUUUUCUUCAAAAACUCGUUGCGGCCGAAAUCCAGUGAAGCAAUUUCGCAUUUGAAGCAAGGUUGCGUGCAACCCUGCAUCGUGACCGGGGACAAUCUCUGGACGGCACAGUACAUCGCGGAAGAAAGUGGCGUGUUUGACCCGAAGAAGGAGCGGAUGAUUGUCGUCGAGAAAGAUAGCGAUGCCCAACAAACAACUUCCACUAAUUCUUUAGCUGUCCAACUGUCCUCGAAUAGUUCUCCUCUCUCCUUUCGCGAGGUUCUUGACAGCAGCACGCUGAUUCCGAAGAGCCAAUCCGAAGUGUGGGAACUAAUGCAGGAAGAUGAAACUUGCUUGGACUCUGUUUCUUUUGGCGGGGUGGAAACAGCGGGUGGUAAGCUUACGAAAAAAGAAGAACCCGUACAGGAAAUCGAUGACAACUUGCAGCGCCAAAUGAAGAGAAGCACCUUCGCCCACAUGCGGUCAACCUACACCUCGAGUGUGCAGCUGCACAGGAAUAGCGCGGUCUCGAUUUACGCAGGAUGUGGCGAGGAGCAGAAAAAGAAAGUGAGAUUUGCCGUUAGUCAGGAUGCUUUUUCGGUGCUCUUAUCGGAGAAUUGUCCGACGGUGUUGAAUUCGUCGACUGCGGCCACCAACAAGCAGUUCCUUCUGGAGCUGUUCAAACGCACCCACAUCUUCGCACACAUGACCCCGCAAGGGAAGGUGGACGUGAUACGCUUUUUCAUCGACGAGCUCGGUGUCGUGGUUGGCAUGUGCGGUGAUGGAGGAAACGACUGCGGUGCAUUGCAAGCCGCACACGUCGGCGUCGCGCUGGUCGAGGGUGGUAGUGAUCAUGCCGCCAAAGAAAAAAGCACGUCGGAGGACACUGCUGGCGGUGGCGCAGCAAGCUUGAUUUCUUCCUUUUGCGCGUUGGCGGAGCCGAGCGGGAUUUACAGUGUCGUUUACAUCAUCGAAGAGGGGCGCGCGUGCCUCCACAGCAGCGUCGCUUGUUUUGCGUUGUUCGUCCUGUACGGCUUGCUGUGCGCAUUUGGGAAAAAUUUGAUGCUCGUCGAGGAUACCGCGCAUUCCGAAUACGUUUAUCUCAAAAUGGACAUCGUCGUUAUUAUCGCUGUGAUGCUGGCUAUGACGAGAUCCCGGCCCACGAAAAACCACAAAGUAGAACAGGACCCGAACAAGUUGUUGCUGAAAGGCGUGGGGUUUAAGGUGUUCGCUCGAACGAAACUUUUCCCGCUGCUGCGACUGCGGACGUACGUAUUCGCGAUUUACCGGUGGGGAAUCCAUUGCUGGAGUCGAAUCAGAAGAAUCGAAGUGGUUGAAAUAGAUCCGGACGACACGGAGGAAGAACCGGAGGAAUACGUCCGGAAGGUGAUGGGCCCGCUUGCCAUGCGCACACCGACGAGCAACAUCGCCGGGGUUUCUGUCUGGUGGCAGAUUUUGUCUUUGUUGGUGCUGCACAGCCUCGCGCUGGUCUUUGUGUUUUACCCGUGGCUACCGGGAGAGCCUUGGUAUCGGAAACCAGAUUUGCGGAGUUUAAGGCUGGCACCGAACGAGUUCUGGAACAUGAGCUCCGGGAUGCUGAAUAAUAUCACGUUUUGCUGGCUUCUUGGCUCCGUCCUGCAAGCAAGUCUCGUGUACAGUCGUGGUGGAAGAUUCCGGAGACAUUUUUGGAAAAAUGUGCCCUUGCUUGCGACUGUCGGAUGUUUCUUCUGCUGCUUCCUAGUCCCCGUCCUGCUCUUCUCCUCCAACACGGCUGUGCACUGCCUAUUUCGGGUAAGCUGCUCGAACAAAGCCAGUUGGGAAACCGUUGGGCAAUUGCCGCGAUUCAUGGAAAAUUUUCUCGCCGGCGGGCGAAGUGGAAGGGAGGUUUACGGGAGCAUGUUUUGGUUCUCGGAGAGCGAGAUUGACAGCGGAGACGGUUCUGGUGCCGCUGCAGCCCCUGAGGCGCAAGAAGCGACAGAAUCUGUUACGCAAGAAAUCGCUCUGAACACAGCGCAUCCAAGAACCUGGCAACUAGAUCUAGUGGAUCAUAGUACAACAACAGCGGCACAGGCGCCAUCCCAACUUUACCCUUUCGAACACGAUGCGAAUCCGAUCUUGCGAAUCGUCGGUCGAAAGUGCUCAGAGAUGAAAACGGUGCUCGAAAGUAUCGUUGGCACCUCUGCCGUGGUCCUUCACGAAGCGCGAAACGCGCCACAGUGUGUCAUGGAAAUUGAGAUCGACACUGUACAAAAAAAAGACGGAAAAAGCGACUCUUUACCCUCGACCGGAUUAUCGCAAACGCCGCAACAAGAGACCGAAGACGCAACGGCCUUGCCUCGUCCAGACGUGGACAAGGAAGUCGGCACCAAAGUCGAGAAACUUUGCAAAGACCUCUGUCAACAGACUUGGCACCACGGUCCGGCGAAGGACCCGAGCAGGUUUUACUGCUGGUGGGUAGCAAUGUCUUUUUCCUCGGGAAAGAGUUCCUGCUAUCUAGUCCCGAGACUGGAUGCGUUCGGCGAGAAGGCUUUGGGACCAGAUCACGAAAAUUAUGUGCGAUUUGGUUUGAUGCCCAGCGGUUUGGAUGAAAGUGCUCUCAGCGGAUACAGAAACCAGGUCAUCCGGGAAAUCGAAAGUAACGACGAUAAAAAGACCAGCAGCACGCGUCUCUUCUAUCUCAAUCGUCACAACAUUCCUGAUGCGGAGAAGCCACUUGGUGACACCGACACGCAGCUGUACGAAGAGCCAGAAAGAGUUCCGUUGAUUCGCAGCUUCCCGGUGAAGUACCUUUUCUUCCUGCUCGGACUAACGCUUAUUGAUUUUGUCUUUCUACAUAUUUUCCAUGAAACCGCAGUAGGGGACGAUUGUUACUUCUGGGCCAGGAAGUGGCAAAAAAACUGAGUUGUCGCUCUACAGAUGAUUGAUCGACUUUAUGCCGCUAUCCGGCAGAUAUUUCAAAUGAAUAAUGCUGCAAUGAACCUGGACAAAUCUAAUGAAGGUACGAGAAAAAUCGCAGUGUUGGCAAUCUUUCUUGAUACACGAUUA